AUUGUGAACUCCGAAUGCUCAGACCUUCUGAAAUUUGAAAGAUUCCAUUUUCAGCAAAGUGGUUCUUAAUGACGCUCUUUUUUAUUCUCUUCUGUAAUAAAUUGGAUCAUAAUCGAAAUUGGUUUUUUAAAUCCUCCAUAAUAAAUUAGCCCUCCUUCUUUUUCCCAAUUUCUCAAAUGGGGUUGUUCCCAUUCGAUUGAAACGUAAACAUUGGUGGGAGUUUUUUAUGUUUUGAUCUUUUUUUUUUCUUUUUUUUUUUUUUUCAAAAGGGUUUUCUCUUUACGUCCAUAAAAUGAGGAAGAAACCAUCUCAGGCUGCAAAAUCUGAGGCAAAUGCUGCAUUGAUCACAGAAGCAGCACAAGAAAGCUCAAUGACUGCCUCUGAGAGACCAGAAAGUACCAAUAUAUCCUCGAAGAAGAUAAAAUCACCAUUGAACAGCCAAAGUACUUCUAAAAAGAAAGUGAAUAGGUUCUCUAUCCGUCGAUCUGAACGUAUCCAAAAUUCUACAUCUCGUAGCGUCAAAAUACAGAAUGUCAUUGAAGAGAUUACUCUUAGUGAAAGUGAUGAAGAAAAUGAGAUGCCGACUAACCAUGAGAAAAGUUUGCCACCUCUCAAACAAGAGAAAGAUCGCCCAGAGUUAAUGAUGAAGGAAAGGAAAUUUGAAGGGAAACUUGACUAUAUUUUGAAACUAUUUGAAGCACAUGGCCAGACUUUAGACUCAAUAAAGACUGAGGUUAUCAAAAGAUCCUUCCCGAUGGAAACGAUACCUACACCUGAAAUGAAUUACAAGAACAUGUAUAUAGCAUCCCAGAAGAAGAUUGAAGAAUUAGCUGAAGAAAAUCGAGUGCUUACUCAGAAAUUGGAGAAUGCUCUUGACCGAUACGAAGCAUACAAGAAUGGGAAUCAUGAUGCAUUUGAAAUGUUGGAGAAGUUAAAGGAUGUGAUUGUGAUCCCGAAGGGUUUGAGAGUUUCGGAAUCAAUUCAAGCUACUUCUCAAGCAGAACUGGACAAGACUAUACCUCUCGACCCCGGUGGUGUUCCCCCUCCAAGUAAGAGAAAGAAGCUCAACAAACAAAAUUGAAGUAGAAUAUGUGGGUUCACUCCUUAUGGUGUUGCAACUCUGACUUAGUUGCUCUUUAGUUAGUAGACUUGCUCAUUAGUUUUCGUAGAUUUUUUUUUUUUUUUUUUUUUUUUGGAGGGGUGAGUUAGACCAUAGCAGUACAGAAAGCCCUUUCAUUAGCCAUGAAAAGUGAAUGAAAAAUGUUAAAUUUGGAAUUGGGAGAAGUUUUUCUUAAAAGGUAUAUAAUCAUUUUGGAAAUUAGAUUUUAAGAAAAAAUAGGUUUUUUGCUUUCAUGUU